UCCUAUCCACCUCUCAUUCUAUUUUUCUAUAUCAUCUUCUCAAAAAUUCAUUACCAUCUCUCUCUUUUUGUUGGCCAUUAUAGUUUUCUUGAACUCUGUUCUUUCACUUUUCAACUAUAAUUAAUUUCACUACACACUUUCAGUAGUUCAUCACUUUAAAUUCUGUCCCUAUCUACCUAUUUUCUUGAUGUUAUAUCAAUUCUUGAACUUUGCAUUCUUGUAGUUGUUUUUCUUUUUCUUUUUGGGUGUUUCUUGAAUUUGAAAUACAAUCUUGAAUUACUAAAGAUUUUACAAUUUCAAUUGUGUUUCGUUUCGUUUCGUUCUUGUUAUUGAUUAGCAUUAUAGAGUGGAAGAACAAUGGCUCCUAAAACUGGAAAAGCAAAACCUCACAAGGCCAAAGGAGAGAAAAAGAAGAAGGAAGAGAAAGUUUUGCCUACUGUUAUUGAAAUCAGCAUUGAAACACCAGAUGAUUUGCAAGUAACUCUUAAGGGUAUCUCGACGGACAGGAUUUUGGAUGUAAGAAAGCUUUUAGGUGUCAAUGUGGACACUUGCCAUUUGACCAAUUUCUCACUAUCUCACGAGGUAAAAGGACCCAGACUCAAAGACUCGGUGGACAUCUCCUCGCUAAAACCCUGCCACCUCACCAUCAUUGAAGAGGACUACACAGAGGAACAAGCCGUUACUCACAUCCGGCGACUCCUUGAUAUCGCCGCCUGCACCACCUCCUUCGGUCCAUCGUCUGUCAAGCCUUCCGGUCGAACCAACGCGAAAGAUGUCGGCUCAAAAGAAACUGGUUCGACUGAAACUGAACCGGAUAAUGGAACCGACGGCAAUCCAAAGGCCAAAGGAACUGAAGAAAAGAAAAUCAGCUCUUCAACGCCGGAGAAGGCGGAUAUUGCGGCAGCUGCUGCAGGAACGGUUUCCUUGUGUCCUCCGCCGCAGCUAGGGCAAUUCUACGAUUUUUUCUCGUUUUCUCAUCUCACGUCGCCGGUUCAUUAUAUUCGAAGAUCGACGCGUCCGUUUCUUGAGGAUAAAACGGAUGAUGAUUUUUUCCAAAUUGAUGUUAGGGUUUGCAGUGGGAAGCCAAUGACAGUGGUGGCUUCAAAGAAAGGGUUUUAUCCAGCUGGAAAACGUCUUCUUUUGUGUCACUCUUUAGUUAGUUUGCUCCAGCAGAUUAGUAGGGUUUUUGAUGUUGCCUACAAGGUACUCAUGAAAUCUUUCACAGAGCAUAAUAAAUUUGGGAAUCUUCCUUAUGGAUUCCGGUCAAACACUUGGGUUGUUCCGCCAGUUGUUGCUGACAGUCCAUCUAUUUUCCCUCCACUUCCUAUGGAGGAUGAGAAUUGGGGAGGAAAUGGAGGUGGAGAAGGACGAGAUGGGAAACAUGAUUACAGGCCGUGGGCAAAGGAGUUCGCUAUUCUGGCAGCAAUGCCGUGUAAAACAGCAGAGGAGCGGCAAGUUCGGGAUAGGAAAGCCUUUCUGCUUCAUAGUUUAUUCGUCGACGUCUCUGUUUUUAAAGCUGUUGCAUCAAUUGGAAAAAUUAUCGAAAAGAAUCAAUUAUCUUCGAGCAAUUCCAACCUGUCAUUUUUGCAUGAGGAAAAAGUGGGAGAUUUGAUAAUUAAGGUGACAAGAGAUGUUCCUGAUGGAAGUACUAAGUUGGAUUGUAAAAAUGAUGGGAGUCGGGUUCUUGGUAUACCACAGGAAGAUCUUGCUCGCAGAAACCUACUUAAAGGCAUAACUGCUGAUGAAAGUGCAACUGUUCAUGAUACUUCUACUUUAGGUGUCGUGGUUGUUCGACAUUGUGGCUACACAGCUGUUGUUAAAGUUUCAACUGAUGUUAAUUGGGAAGGAAAUCCUAUUCCCCAGGAUACUGACAUUGAGGACCAGCCUGGAGGAGGUGCUAACGCCUUGAAUGUUAAUAGCUUGCGAAUGUUAUUGCACAAGUCAUCUACACCCCAUUCUCCUAGUACCACCCAGAGACUGCAGACCGGAGACUCUGAAAGUUUAAGUUCUGCAAGAUCUUUGGUGAGGAAAGUACUAGAAGAUAGUCUGCUGAAGUUGCAGGAAGAAUCCAGUAAGAAAGUCAAGUCUAUCCGAUGGGAGCUUGGAGCAUGUUGGGUUCAACAUUUGCAAAAUCAGGCUUCAGGGAAAACUGAGUCUAAGACAUCUGAAGAAAUGAAGCCAGAGCCUGCUGUGAAGGGACUUGGAAAGCAAGGUGGAUUGCUGAAGGAGUUAAAAAAGAAAAUAGAUGUCAGAGGUAGCAAAACUGAAGAAGGAAAGGAUAUUACUGUGGGUAAUCUUGACAUUAACAAGAAAUUGGAUGCUCCUAGUCAAAAAGAAUCGGAGAAAAAAGAAGAGGAAAUGGAAAUUAUUUGGAAAAAGAUGGUUAAUGAAGCUGCAUAUUUGCGUCUAAAAGAAUCAGAAACCGGUCUUCACCUCAAGUCGCCUGGUGAAUUGAUAGAAAUGGCACAUAAAUACUAUGAUGAUACUGCUCUUCCCAAAUUGGUGGCAGAUUUUGGCUCACUUGAACUUUCACCAGUGGAUGGAAGAACUCUGACAGAUUUUAUGCAUACCAGGGGUUUGCAGAUGUGUUCUUUAGGGCGUGUGGUCGAACUUUCAGACAAGCUUCCUCAUGUGCAAUCGCUCUGUAUACAUGAAAUGAUUGUCAGAGCCUUCAAACACAUAUUACAAGCUGUCGUAGCUGUAGUUAAUAAUGUCGGCGACUUGGCUGCAUCAAUUUCAUCAUGUCUAAAUAUAUUGUUAGGAACACCUUCUGAAAAUGAGGAUGGAGACAUUUUAAAUGAUGAUAAUCUGAAGUGGAAUUGGGUUGAAACCUUCCUUUUGAAAAGGUUUGGUUGGCUAUGGAAGCAUGAAAGUUGCCAAGAUCUGAGGAAGUUUGCAAUUCUUCGGGGGCUUUCCCACAAGGUUGGCCUUGAACUUCUUCCGAGGGACUAUGAUAUGGACACUGCAUCUCCAUUUAGGAAGUCAGAUAUCAUAAGUAUGGUCCCUGUAUAUAAGCAUGUUGCAUGUUCAUCUGCAGAUGGACGCACAUUAUUGGAAUCAUCUAAAACUUCCUUGGAUAAAGGCAAAUUGGAAGAUGCUGUUAAUUAUGGAACUAAGGCACUCUCAAAACUUGUAUCAGUCUGUGGUCCUUAUCAUAGAAUGACUGCAGGAGCUUAUAGUCUACUAGCUGUAGUGCUCUACCAUACGGGAGAUUUUAAUCAGGCAACAAUUUAUCAGCAAAAAGCAUUGGAUAUUAACGAGAGGGAGCUUGGACUUGAUCAUCCCGAUACUAUGAAAAGUUAUGGGGACCUGGCUGUCUUCUAUUAUCGUCUUCAACAUACAGAAUUGGCCUUGAAGUAUGUCAACCGUGCAUUAUAUCUUCUGCAUUUAACAUGUGGGCCAUCUCAUCCGAACACGGCUGCCACCUAUAUCAAUGUAGCUAUGAUGGAAGAAGGAUUGGGGAAUGUCCAUGUUGCUCUUAGGUACCUCCAUGAGGCUCUGAAAUGCAAUAAGAAAUUACUUGGAGCUGAUCAUAUACAGACUGCUGCCAGCUAUCAUGCCAUAGCCAUUGCUCUAUCUUUAAUGGAAGCUUACUCCCUAAGUGUGCAGCAUGAGCAAACUACGCUGCAGAUACUGCAAGCCAAACUUGGAUCUGAGGAUCUGCGCACGCAGGAUGCAGCUGCAUGGCUCGAGUAUUUCGAGUCCAAGGCCCUGGAGCAGCAAGAAGCUGCACGCAAUGGUACUCCAAAGCCAGAUGCUUCAAUUUCUAGUAAAGGUCAUUUAAGUGUAUCCGACCUAUUGGAUUAUAUAACACCAGAUGCAGAUAUGAAAGCCAGAGAGGCUCAAAGGAAAGCUCGUGCAAAGGUUAAAGGCAAGCCAGGUCAAAACUCGGAAACAGCCUCAGAUGAAGCUCAGAAAGACGAAACUUUCUCACCAAUAUAUAAUGUUGUGGAGAAUUCGAGUGACAAGGAAAACAAAUCUGAAGCUCAAUUAUCAGAACCUAGGAACGAGAAAAUUGAUUUGAAUCCUCCAGAUCAAUCAUUAAUGAAUAGAAGUGAUGUCAUUAUACAGGAGGACGACUCAGAUGAAGGAUGGCAAGAAGCUGUGCCUAAAGGCCGGUCACCUGCAAGUCGCAAAUCUUCUGGUUCUAGGAGACUAAGCUUGGCGAAGAUAAACACAAACUUUAUGAAUGUUUCUCAGUCAUCAAAAUUCCGAGGAAAGGCCGCCAGUUUUACAUCUCCAAGGACGUCCCCAAGUGACUCUGUUGCUUCCACUGGACCCAGUCUUCCAGCUCCUAAAAACUUUGUUAAGAGUGCAAGCUUCAGCCCUAAGCAAAAUAAUUCUGGUGUAACAGCUGGCGAAACCGAGAAAUCAACUAACCCCAAAUCAGCUCCAGGUACCCCUGCUUCAACUGAUCAAGUUACCAAAUCAGCUUCUAUUCCAAGUCUAGUUACUGUUCAGGCAGCUGGAAAACUUUUCUCCUACAAAGAAGUUGCUUUAGCUCCUCCUGGGACGAUUGUGAAGGCAGUAGCAGAACAAUUGCCAAAAGGUAAUCUUCCAGUGGAAACAAGUUCUCAGGUGAGUCAUGAGAUAGCUGCAUCAGAAGUCAAUGUCGGUGAGGCGACAGCAGUCAAUGAAGCAGAGAAAGAGAACGUUCAGAAACCUGAAGAAAAUAGUACCUCAGACGAAACAAAGAGUCCCGUCAAUUUGAAGCCAGAAGCAGAGGUAAAGAAGCCUGUGGAAGAAGCAAAAUCUGAUCGUGUUGAUCUCAUAGAAAAAGAAGAUACAACGGUUGAAAAUAAAGCUGCUGUUGAAGUUACAAGUGCCAAUGAGAAUUUAGACUCCACUUCUGCCACAAAUGAAGUGCGGGAAACAAGAGACUUGGACACUGGAACAGCUUCCCCUGAUCCAGAAAAUGCAGCUUUGUUGCUGGACAAAGACGUUUCAGUUUCCGGAGAAAAACAAGCCGGCAAGAACUCUACGGAUGUAUCAGACGGUAGCAUGACUGAUAAGCCAAUUCCAACUGAAGGAGAAAAGCAAGAUGAAUUAGAAAUUGGAAAGGAGACUACUAAGAAACUAUCUGCAGCAGCCCCACCAUUUAAUCCAUCCACAGUUCCAGUUUUUGGCUCAGUUCCAGUUCCGGUUCCAGGGUACAAAGAACACGGAGGAAUUCUUCCGCCACCAGUGAAUAUUCCUCCAAUGCUUGCUGUUAAUCCUGUCCGCAGAUCACCGCAUCAGUCUGCAACAGCAAGGGUGCCUUAUGGUCCAAGGUUAUCUGGUGGGUUCAAUAGAUCUGGGAACCGGGUUCCACGUAAUAAACCUAGCUUCCACAAUGGUGAACAUAAUGGGUAUCUAAUGGUUAUGAACCCUCAUGCUGCAGAAUUUGUACCUGGCCAACCUUGGGUACCUAAUGGCUAUCCUGUGUCACCAAAUGGUUAUUUGGCUAGCCCAAAUGGUUUGCCACUAUCUCCAAAUGGUUUUUCUAUAUCUCCAACUGGUAAUCUGGAGUCGCCAAAUGGAUAUCCGACAUCACUUGAUGGUUCAUCUCCCGUCAGUUCAGUAGAAACACCCACGUAUACUUCUACCGACUUGGAUGCUGCUGAAAACAAAACUGAAGCAGUAGAAGAGGGUUGUACUGAAGAUUCCUCUACAGAAGUAGUAGUAGAAAACCAGAUAAGUGAGCAAAAAUGUCAACCAUAUGAUGAAGAAACACUUCCUGAAACUGAACAGAAACCUACACUUUCUGAAACUGAAGAGGAACCUACUCAUGCUGUCUCAUUGACCGGUGAUACUCCGGUGGCUAAAGAUGCAUGCACUAGCAUAGCAGUUGAGGAGAAACCAAGUAAGUGUUGGGCAGAUUAUAGUGAUGGUGAAGCUGAGGUUGUCGAGGUAACAAGUUGAAAGAAAUGGAAUUUUGGUUUUGAUUUAAAGUCGAUUUAACAAUUCAGGCUCUACGGCUAAGGGAAGAGAAAUGAUAAGCAGAGAUAUCAAUGGCAACCCCGUAAUGACGGAGAAAACUGUCACCGAGUUCGACAUUCGAGUAUAGGCAAUCUGUUCAAACUGUGAACAGAACGGAAAACCACCAUAACCAUGAAAAGUGGUAUCUGAGCAGCACAUUGGUAAUUUAGCGAGUCUCUUUUAUUAUUAAUUUUAUUCGGUUUCGCUCUCCGGCUAUUUUUUUUUUUAACAUUGUCAAUCAAACCAAAAUAACCAUAGAGGAUCUAUAUGUUCCAGAUUGUACUCUUUAACGAUUAGUAACCAUUUUGGAAGUCUAUAGCAAUAAAGCUUAAACCAUCAUCCAUGUA